AUGCAAUACCUCUUACUUUGUGCUGCCAUCCUCCUACCUCAGAGUCUUGCUUUUCCAGCUCCAGUGAAACCAGAAUCAUGGAGUGACAUAGACCUUGAGUCUAUAAAGGCAUAUCUUGACAAAUUCUUUCCAGUUUUUUCAAAAACACAAAACCUAAGCUUAGAAGAGAGGAUUAAAGAAAUGCAGAGGUUUUUCCACUUGACUGUAACUGGAAAAUUAAAUGCAGAAACAGAAGCAACAAUUAAACUCCCCAGAUGUGGAAUGCCUGAUAUAGCAGAAUACCAACUAUUUCCUGGAACUCCAAGAUGGAGAAAGACACACUUGACUUACAAGAUUGUCAAUUACACACCUGAUCUACCCAGAAAGAAAGUGGAUGAUGCUAUUAAAAGGGCUUUGAUGGUAUGGAGUGAUGUGACCCCACUGCACUUCCAGAAAGUAUACUCGGGCCACGCAGACAUUGAGAUUAGAUUUGCACGCCGUGAGCAUGGUGAUGGAUAUCCUUUUGAUGGAAGAGGCAACACACUAGCCCAUGCGUUUGCACCUGGAGAAGGGCUUGGUGGAGAUGCUCAUUUUGAUGAUGAUGAAAGGUGGUCAGAGUUCAAUCACGAAGUUAAUUUGUUCCUUGUGGCUGCUCAUGAAUUUGGCCAUUCCUUGGGACUUGCUCAUUCAAAUGUCCGUGGAGCUCUGAUGCAUCCUGUCUACUCAUAUGUGAACCCAGCGUCCUUCAGACUUUCAGCAGAUGACAGGAGAGGAAUUCAGAAGUUAUACGGGAAAAGGUCAUCAAACUCUUGA